UCAUGAAAUGGCGCCUUUUACUAGUGGGACACAACUUGAGGUGUAUCAAGUUGUUGAAGAAGCAGAAGCUUUCCUUCAGUUGUAUGGUUCUGUGUUGACUAAUAUUUCGGAUGAAAGUCAGCUACAAAUGGUAACAUUGUUAUCUAGUAUAUUGUCACAUGUUUUAGACGUAUUGAUGGACAUAAAUAGUCAGCAAUGUUCUUCAUUGGACACCAAACAACUUGACAAUGACAGUAAUAGUUCUCUUGUGGGUUUAUCCUCCUCACUCCUUGAUAAAAGACACAGUUGUGGUACAAGCGAAACAACAAAACCAGUUGUUUCGCAGGAUUAUUCUCUUUCUAGAACAUACAAUGCUGUUUAUAACUGGGGUCAAUGUCAUUUAGAGCAGUUUUACUUUUGGUCAAGUUGUAGUUACCAGGCAGUCCUUCAUUAUAACAAGUUGUCAGUAGCGACUUGUAAGGAUGAGGAUAUUCUUCAUGUCUUGAAUACUAUAUUUGAGACUUGCAAGAAAAAUUUUCAACCUUGUACCAAGCCUAAUGAAGUGAACAUGCAAGAUAUUCAAAGUCAUCUUUAUGAAAGUAUUCAAAGGAGUAUUUGUGAAUGGGAUUUGAUCAAUGUGUUGGUCGAAAGUGUUGAAUAUGUACUUCAAGGCAACUCGAUUUCACAUUUAGUGGACUCGGUGUGUUCGUAUUUGUUGGAUUGCGUAUAUUUGAAUAGCCAUGGUUGGAGAAUGGUUGGAAGUUUCAUAGUCAUGUUGGAAGUGUUGUUAUCGAAAAUGGAUAUUACAAAACAAUUUUCGAGUAAUAGCUCGAAUUAUUUGAAUCGGUUAUCGCCACUUUAUAUUCAAUAUAUGUUGUUGAGAUUCUUUGGUUGUUCGGAAUGUUCGGCUCGUCGUUGUACAAUGUGGGAAAGGUUUCAAGGCAUUUUGAUGAGUGUUGUACAAAUCUACAAGCUGCAACAUUAUUCAGAAGCAAUCUUAUCACUUUAUUUGGACUUGUUUUUCAUGUAUUCUUCACCUCAUUCAACCACUUCGUAUAGAAAUAAGAUGGAAAGUUUAUUCCUUUGGAUGAGAGAAACUUGUAAUGGAGACUGGAUUCAAGAAAUGAAUCGAAACCAUUCUUUAAGGCAUGAUGAGUUACUAUCGGAAACUGUUUUAUUUAUUCUCCGAUGGUUACCAUUUUCAUUCAUUUCUAAAAUAGGUUAUCAUAAUACCCAAACUCCUCUCAACAUAUAUCACUCUCCUCAUAGACUAGAUUGGUUACUAUUAGCAUUGGAAAGGAAAUAUCAACAAAACAAGUUGAUAUUUUCAUCCAAUGUGAAUGAAGUGAAUGAUUGGAUACAACUUAUGGUUGGUUAUUUAUUAAGUCAUUGGAGAACAUAUAUGGAAAUGGUUAAGACUGAGUGUAGAUUUCUUUCCCUUGUGGCAAUCCUCUCUAGUCCUUUUGGCAGUUGUGGGUAGAACUUGGUUACUAUUGUUGCAUUUCUCCUUGUCGCAAAAUGAAGUUUCGAGUCGUCAUUUAUGGAUUCUUAUUGAACGACUCGUUAGUUUAUUGCAAAUAGAGCAAUUGAGUGUAUCUCAAA